AUGGGCUGGCGGCUGCUGCUGCUGGCCCUGGCGCUGGGCGGCCGCCUCGCCACCGCGCAGAACGACACGGAGCCCAUCGUGCUGGAGGGCAAGUGCCUGGUGGUCUGCGACUCCAACCCGGCCCCCGACGCCAAGGGCUCGUCCUCCUCGCCGCUGGGCAUCUCCGUGCGGGCGGCCAACUCCAAGGUGGCCUUCUCGGCCGUGCGGAGCACCAACCACGAGCCCUCCGAGAUGAGCAACAAGACGCGCAUCAUCUACUUCGACCAGAUCCUUGUAAAUGUGGGCAAUUUUUUCACGUUGGAGUCUGUCUUUGUAUCACCACGGAAAGGAAUUUACAGUUUCAAUUUUCACGUAAUUAAAGUCUACCAGAGUCAAACAAUUCAGGUGAAUUUGAUGCUGAAUGGGAAGCCAGUGAUCUCUGCUUUCGCUGGGGACAAGGACGUCACCCGUGAAGCCGCCACCAACGGGGUCCUGCUCUACCUGGACAAGGAGGACAAGGUUUACCUGAAGCUGGAGAAAGGAAAUCUGGUUGGUGGGUGGCAGUACUCGACAUUCUCUGGCUUCCUGGUCUUCCCCCUGUAA